UUUGUUACUACUAAUUUAUUGUUUUGUUGUACAGUGCUUUGUACAGCAUCAAAAAUUAUACAAUUUAACACAAUUGUGUUUAGUUGAGGUCAAAAUGCAAGUGCAAUCGGGUGCAAUUAAAAUAGGCUUAACCUAUGGAAUUAUGGAAAUGCUACAUUCUGGGUAAAACAAUGACAAAUUGCUUCUAUAAUUGCACUUGGCACACUGCACUUGUGUUCAUAAAUGUCUCUUAUAGUGUUACUUCAAUGUUUCCUCCUAACAAAGAGUGUUGAAUGCCUCUUAAUAAUCACAUGUAAAAUUAGAUCUUUUCCUAUUCAUUAGGAUCUGGGUUUUGAACAGCAGAGAAAUGUUUUCAUUGGUUUAAGAAACCACCUAAGAUGUUCCUGAGAUAAAUGAAACAAACUUGCAAGAAUAAGGUCCCCAUAGACCUGCAGAUCUAUAUAAGAUUUUUUGUAAUCGUACGACCGACGAUAUUGGUUAAACGAUCGUUUAUAGAUACGAUCUGUCCAUCAGCGAAAACGAUCAUUUUCAGCGAUAUCGUCCCGCGACAGCCCAAAACCGGAAGAGGAUAUGACGUGCGAUAUCGUCCCGCAACAGCCCAAACCGGAAGAGGAUAUGACGUGUAUGCUUUCGUUAAACUGCUUUUCCACGAACGUUCCUUUGUGUUACAUUCAUUCGACGCGCUGAGUCCAUUCGGAUCUCUUUCACCGAUCGUUCGUGACGAUGAGCAUAUUUAUGGAUGAUAGCAGGAGGGCUGCACUAGCUAUACUGCUACUAACCUCCAUAAAGCAGAAGAAGAAGAGGAAAAGAUCAAUUUGGAGCAAACAGUGGUUAUUACACCGCCAUAAAUUUUCUCAUAUGGGACUUCUGAAAGAACUGAAAGAAAAUAAUCCAGAUGAUUUCAGAAAUUACCUACGGAUGUCUGACUCAAAUUUUGAACACCUAUUUGAAGCAAUUCGACCAGCCAUUACCAAACAAAAUACGUGUAUGAGGCAGGCCAUCUCGCCAGAACAGAGACUCAUAGCAACACUACGUUAUCUGGCAACUGGGAGAACAUUGGAGGAUCUUAAGUUUUCAACCGGCAUUUCUGCACAAAGUCUAGGCCGAAUCAUUCCGGAAACAUGUAAUGCAAUUAUUGAGGCAAUGAAAGCGGAAUAUCUAAAGUUUCCAGAAAGUGCUGAAGAAUGGAAAGCCAUAGCAAAGCAGUUUGAAGACUAUUGGAAUUUCCCAAACUGUGGAGGGGCCAUUGAUGGAAAACAUGUUCGAAUACAACCUCCUGCCAACUCAGGAUCCUACUAUUAUAAUUAUAAAGGAUACUUUAGUAUUGUGUUAAUGGCAAUAGUAAAUGCCAAAUAUGAAUUUAUAAUGGUGGAUGUUGGGAAAAAUGGAAGAGUAUCAGAUGGAGGAGCCAUAGAACAGACUGUCUUCUAUCAGAAGCUAAAGAACAAAGAAGUACAACUACCUACAAAUAAUGAAACUACAGAAGGUCUAAACUUUGUAUUUGUUGCAGAUGAGGCCUUUGCACUGCAGGAACAUAUUCUAAAGCCAUUCCCGGUCAAAACACUGACAAAGCAAAGGAGAAUAUUUAAUUACAGACUAUCACGGGCAAGACGUGUUGUAGAAAAUGCAUUUGGAAUUCUUGCUAAUCGAUUUAGAGUCUUCCAUACAGCCAUUACUCUCUCACCCGCCAAGGUAGAUCUUGUGGUUUUAACAUGCUGUGUUCUACAUAAUUUCCUACGGCGUACCAAUGGAAAUGUUUAUAUGCCAAAUAACAUGGUGGACAGAGAAGACAUUGAGUAUUGCUCUCUUGUUUAUGGGGACUGGCGAUCAGACCCAAAUGCAAUGCUGCAACUACAAGCUGGUGGUACACGUAAUGCUAAUGUGGAUGCUAAAACAAACAGGGAAAACUAUGUAGAUUAUUUUAAUGGACAAGGUGCAGUGGAUUGGCAAGAUGCAAUGAUCUGAAUUGAUACUACAAAAGAACUAUGGCACAACAACCAUAAUAUAUAAAAAAUGUAUAAAACAUAAUAAAUGAGCAUUUAU